AUGAUGGUUGCUCAUUUACCCAUAUUUUUUGUACAUUAUCUGGAUGGGCGUACCGUACCAAGAUUCGAUAUGCGUGAUAAAGAUGGCAUUAUAUACGAUCCAAUAGCGCCAAGAUCUGGGGAACGUUUUAUAGCCAAAUGCAGUCUUGUUGGUUUGACAGAUGAUGAUAAAAGAUCGGUUAGUUGGGAAUUACAUCGAUUUAAUGACAAUAAAAGAUUUUAUUUGGCUACGGAUGAUCAAGUGUUCCAAUUUUACCAACCCAAACAACGUUUAUUUGCUGAACACGAAUUAGAUAGUAACAAUUGGUAUUUAAUAUUCGAUCCAUUAGAUCGCGAAGAUUAUGGCGAUUUGACAUGUAUGCUAGCUGAUACCGGUUAUAAUACGAGCGUAUUUUUGACGAGAAGAUUAACUGUUUACAGUGAACCACUUGUUGUACAAUCGUCAACAAAAGAUAUUGAAGUAUCGGAAGGUGAUAAUGUUGUUUUACAAUGUAUAGCACAAGGUCAACCUGUACCACAAAUACAAUGGAUGAAAGCAGAUGCAUCACCACUUCCAGAUGGAAAUAUUCGUACGAUUGGUAGUAUUGAAUUACCAAUCAAUGAUAUCAAACGACAAGAUCGUGGCAUUUAUAAAUGUUUGGCUGUCAAUCUCGUGGGUUUUGGUGAUACAUGGACAAUGAAACUAAAUGUGAAAUUUCCUCCCUUCAUUCAUUGUCCCUAUCCAGAAGUUGGUCAAGCCGUUAAUUUUAUGGUUGAUGUUUACAUCGAAUGUUAUGUACACGGUUAUCCAGCGCCACGUAUUACUUGGUAUAAAAAUGAUUAUGGUGGUAUAAUAGCAGAUCAAACAACCGUCGAUGUAUUGAAACCAAUAUGGAAUUCAUAUAAAUAUAAAAUCGAAGCAACAAUCCCUGAACCGAAUGUUUGCACAGAUUGUAUAUUAUCACGUUUAACCGUCAUCAAUGUUGAAGCUGCAGAUCUUGGAAUGUACGUUGUCAAUGCUACAACUAAUGACAAACCGUAUUCAACAGCUAUUGAUACCGUCUCUAUAUAUGAAACCCCUGAAUGUCAACAAUUUAUUACUCAUCGUGACAAUAUCGGAUGUCGUAAAAUACGUUUUUCAAUCAAUUCUGCUCAAAAAAAGGUUAACAACUUCGAUUUUAAAAUUCUUAUUACAUUAAUUUUAAUUAUCGGUUUACAGUUAGUAGAAAAUAUUUCUUAG